UCAAAGAAAAAAAAUAUCAAAGGCACACGCCGACCUCCCCUCAAGUCCCAAUCUCGCACUCGCCAUUAUUUUCUUUUCCUUCCUUCUCUUCCCCAAAUCAAAACACUAAAAAACCUAAAUCCAGAAUCUCCCCAAAUUGACAAAUUCCACUCUCAACACCCGAAAAACCACAACAAUAAAAAAGAAAGAAUGGAGCAACAUGAGGAGCAAGAGCACGACGUGUACGGAGGGGAGAUCCCCGACGAGGAAGGAGAGAUGGACGCUGACGUGGACAUGUCUGGUGGAGCUGAAGAUUACGAAGGCAACGAGCAAGACCUCGAACAGGAUCCCAAUUCCAACUCUAAGGACUUGGAGGACAUGAAAAAGAGACUUAAGGAGAUCGAGGAAGAGGCCGGAGCUUUACGUGAAAUGCAGGCUAAAGUCGAGAAGGAGAUGGGCGCUGUCCAAGAUUCAUCAAGUGCUUCUGCAACCCAAGCUGAAAAGGAGGAAGUGGAUUCUCGCUCGAUUUAUGUUGGUAAUGUAGACUACGCAUGUACACCAGAAGAAGUUCAGCAGCAUUUCCAAUCCUGUGGAACAGUAAACAGAGUGACAAUUUUGACUGACAAGUUUGGUCAGCCUAAAGGAUUUGCUUAUGUUGAAUUUGUUGAAGUUGAUGCUGUUCAAAACGCUCUGCUAUUAAAUGAAUCAGAAUUGCAUGGUCGUCAGUUGAAGGUCUCUGCAAAACGAACAAAUAUUCCUGGAAUGAAACAGUAUCGAGGAAGGCGACCCAACCCAUAUUUCCGCUCCCGAAGGCCUUUCAUGCCUGGCCCUGCUUUUUAUCCUCCAUAUAGCUAUGGGAGGGUUCCAAGGUUCAGGCGGCCCAUGAGAUACAGGCCAUAUUAAGAUGGAUCUCACUUUGUCAGAAGCUGCAAUUUUGAGAAGACCAUAACUUAUAAUUUAUGGUGGUCGUAUUGUUGUUCUAUAAUAUGGAGGGAGAAAGUUGAAGUGGAAUUUGCUUGCCAAAGGGCCGGCUGGAUUUUUCUCGAAUUGUGAGCUUGUGGGAGUGUAAUGGAUCCAUUCAUUUGACCUUUGCCGUUACUUUACUUCAAUGGGGGAUAAAUGAGGCAGAGAUGCAAAUGUUGUGAAAUAUUAUUUAGAGAAUUCCUGGUCUUAGAUUUGAUCAUUUAAUUUUCUCAGUGUGGAUGAGUUUAAAAUGUUGGGUAUUCAUGUUUGGUAAAAUGACUACUUUCAUAGAUCAUAAUGCAGAGAAGGCCAGCUUUGCAGUGGUUUUUAGGUGCUUUAGUUUUUAACUUAAUAACUGCAAGAUGAGAGUUCUUUAGUUUUUUAUGGAUAAGCUUUGGGAUUUAAGUGA